AUGUGUACCUAUUCUCAUUCAGCUUCCAGCUCGGCUUCCAGGCAUGAUAUAGGUAUAAAUAAUGAAGUUAGUACUAUGCGAGGUACUAUAGAUCAAAUUGAACAGCAGUUAGUGACAAAUUGUGUACCUUGCAACAGUGCAGUUGAAAUUGGUGAGCCUAGUGUUUUAUUUUCACCGUUAUCAUAUGAUCAUUCAAAUGUGGUGACUCACCCAAAUCCGAGCCCAAAUCAAUCAACAUCCUUAAUUUCUUCUAUAAUUCCAAGACCAGUGACUCCAUCUCAUUCUUCUGAUAAUACUUCAGAUUAUUCUAUUCAACAUUUUUUAGCAAUGUGGGCAGUUCAGUAUAAUAUACCUCACAAUGCUGUUAAUGGUUUACUGAAAGGACUAAAGAAACAUGAUUGUUUUAAUAAUCUACCUUCUGAUUGUAGGACUAUAUUACAAACACCUUCUAGUGCUUCAAAACAUAUUCGUAAAGUUGAACCUGGUCUCUAUCAUCAUUUUGGAUUAGCUAAUGGUAUUAAAUUGAAUUUACCCACAAACGUUUCUGAAGUAAAAAUUGCAAUAGGUAUAGAUGGAUUACCAAUUUCCAAAAGUAGUAGUAAUCAGUUUUGGCCGAUUUUAGCCUACAUUGAAGUUGAGUCUCCAUUACCAAAACAAGUAUUUUUAGUAGGACUUUAUUAUGGUACAGAAAAACCACAUUGUAGCAAUGAUUUUCUGUUAGAUUUUGUCGUAGAAGCUAAUGAACUUACAUCCAAUGGUAUUAUGAUAAAUUCUGUUAAAAUUAAUGUCAUAAUUAAUGUUUUUUGUUGUGAUUCCCCUGCUAAAAGUUUUAUCUUGAAAGUAAAAGGGCAUAGUGGAUUUUCUUCUUGUACUCGAUGCAAGAUUGAAGGCGAAUACAUAGAUCGUAGAGUAUGUUUCCCAUGUACAAGAGUGAAAUCUACUAGUAGAGAUCAUAUAUCCUAUAUUAACACUCUGGAUGAAGAUUUUCACGUGUAUAACACAAUUUCAAAUUUAGCAGAGUUGCCCAAUUUCGAUGCUGUUUAUUCAUUUAGCCUUGAUUAUUUACACCUUGUAAAUAUUGGUGUAAUGAAGAAAUUGUUAAUGCUUUGGGUAAAUAAGGGUCCAUUGAGUAUACGUAUUAGGGCAAGAAAAAUUAUUGAAUUAUCAGAAUCAAUUUUGAAACUUAAUUCUUACAUCACUUCUGAUUUUGUUAGGAAGGGUAGAAGUAUACAAGAACUUUCUAGAUGGAAGGCCACAGAACAUCGGUUUUUUUUGUUAUACACCGGACCAAUUGUUUUAAAAAAUAUCAUUACUGAAGUAUGUUAUACAAAUUUUAUGACACUUAAUAUUGCCAUGCUUAUUCUUCUAAGUCCAAAUUAUAGUUUUCUUGUUGAUUUUGCAAAGGAGUUACUAGAUUUCUUUGUUAUGAGUUUUCAAAACAUUUAUGGGCAACAAUUUGUUUCACAUAACGUUCAUGGACUACUUCACAUCUGUGAUGAUUAUUUGAGGUAUGGUCCCUUGGAUAACUGUUCCACUUUUGUUUUUGAAAACUUCAUGAAAGAGCUAAAGUCAUUUUUGAGAAAACAUGACAAACCUUUACAGCAGGUUAUUAAUAGGUAUAAUGAAAAGUAUUAUAUAAAUUUAAACAAUAGUAAUAAAGAUACAUUUAAACAAUUGCUAGAAGAAAAACCGGUACUAAAAAACAACAUACUAAUGGCCCAUUACCAGACAAUUUAA